UUCAAAGCGGCAGAAGCGCGCACAAGGAGCGGGGGGGGGGGACAAAUGGCGAGCACCGCGCCGCUGCUGCUGCUCCUCCGCGUGCUUCUCGCGCCGACCACCGCUGGCGCCGCCGACGAGGGGACCGGCGGCGAGGGACACGCCGCGGGGACUCCGUGCGAGCUCAAGAGCGUGACCGUCUCCACGCUGCCCGUGCUCCGGGAAAACGAGUUCAGCUUCACCGGCGUGGGAGCCUCCGGGAGCUCGGUCGGAGGAGGAGAAGGAGGUGGAGGGGGCGCCGCCGCCGGAGCAGGUGGCACCGCUGGAGGAGGACCGGCAGGAGGAGGAGGAGGAGGAGGUGGGGAAUCACGGCUCCUGUUAUUCGUCAGGACGGAUCUACCUGGACGGAUUUCCGUCAUGGAUGAUCUCGACAACACGGCUCUGCCUUACUUCGCACUCGAGAUGUCGGGCACGGCGGAAGACAUUUCACAGGUGCACUGGAAGCAGCAGUGGCUGGAGAACGGUACACUUUACUUCCACGUGUCCAUGAGCGAGUCAGACGCGGUUUCCCAGACCACGCAGGCCUCGGCGCGGGAGCCUGUGCACGUCACACACGAACACAUGCACCUGCUGCACAUCUCGGUUAUGGGAUGCCUCAUCGCCCUGCUCCUGCUCAUUCUCCUUUUCACCCUGGUCCUUUACACCCGCCACCGAUGGUGCAAGCGCCGCAGGAUCCCCCAGAAGAGUGCCAGUACAGAGGCCACCCAUGAGAUCCACUACAUCCCCUCGGUACUUCUCGGACCCCAGGGCCGGGACAGCUAUCGGGGCUCACGGAGCGCCCACCAGCACGGCAGCUCCGUCAUCGGCGUGCCCAUCCGAGAGACGCCCAUCCUCGACGAUUACGACUGCGACGACGACGACCCGGUGGGACGCUCGCUAAACUCCACACCAAACCAGCUGCACAACAAAGUCAGCGACGGGAUAAUCCAGGAGGACUACGGAGUCGGCAUUGACUACGGAGGACACACUGACAUUAAGGACGAUGAUCUUACACCUUCUUUUGCCAAACGAGCCAUUGACCCGAACAGGGAGGUGGUGGAAGAUUUGAUGCAGCGGUUCCAGGCCAGCUUCCGUGUUCCCAAAACUCCACCAGACAUCUCUCGCUACCAGCACGUCAUCCACAGCUCAUCUACUGGCCGCCGGAGGGUCCCCAGCCACAACAGAGCAACCGCAGGCAUGUUUGGUCCUCAAGGAGAAUCAGGGUCAGAGCCUGAGGACGACAACCAGAUGAAGUUUUACACUGAGCAGCACAGAGGACGACGACGCAGCAAAGGCCACCCACACAGUCCUCUAAACAAGGUCACCCUGACGCUGAUUACCAUCAGCACCUGUGUCGUCGCCAUUGUAUACGCCACGCAGGAUUCCUGCCCACUCACUGUCAAGGUCACGCUCCAUGUGCCCGAGCACUUUGUCGCAGAUGGAAGUAGUUUCGUCAUGGGUAUGGGCAGCGUCCUGGAUGUGUCCAACUGGCUCAACCCGGCCAAGCUCAUCCUGUACUAUCAGACCAAUUCGUCGGCACAGUGGGUCCGAGACUACUGUGGCCAGAGGACCAAUGACCCCUGUGAGCAGAUUUGUGACCCAGACACAGGAGAAUGCAGCUGUCAUGAUGGCUAUUCCCCGGAUCUUGUCCAUAAACACCUCUGUGUUCGCAGUGACUGGGGUCAGAAUGAAGGGCCUUGGCCGUACGCUAACCUGGAGAAAGGCUACGACCUGGUUACGGGCGAACAAGCCCCAGAAAAGAUCUUCAGAUCACUCUACAGUCUGGGCCAAGGCUUGUGGCUGCCUGUCAGCAAGAGCUUCGUGGUACCGCCGGUUGAGCUUUCCAUCAAUCCCAUCGCCAGCUGUAAGACGGACGUGUUGGUGACCGAAGAUCCGGGAGAGGUCCGGGACGAAGCCAUGAUGUCCACAUAUUUUGAGACCGUAGAGGACUUGCUGGCGUCUUUCGGGCCCGUCCGUGACUGCGCCAAAGACAACGGCGGCUGCAAGAAGAAUUUCAAGUGCGUAUCAGACCGACAGUUGGACUCAUCUGGCUGCAUGUGUCCUAAUGGGCUGAGGCCAAUGAAGGAUGGCUCCGGUUGCUAUGACUACUCCAGGGGCAUCGACUGCACGGACGGCUUUAAUGGAGGCUGCGAGCAGCUUUGUCACCAGCAGCUCGUGCCCAUUGAAGAAGAGCCCGGAUCCAGCAAUGUGCUGAUGUAUUGUGGGUGUGUGGAGGAGUACAAACUGGGGACAGAUGGGCGCUCAUGCCUGCUGCAGUCCGACAACUGCGAGGGUCCGAAAUGCCCGCGGCAGGCCGUCCACUUCAAUGCCACGUUGUUUGGCGAGAUGCUGCACGGAUACGACAACAAAAGCCAACAGGUCAACCUGGGACAGAUCUUCCAGAUGACCUUCCGAGAUAACAACUUCGUUAAGGACUUCCCCCAGCUAGCUGACGGCCUCAUGGUUCUCCCCCUGCCAGUUGAGGAACAGUGCAGAGGCGUGUUGUCGGAACCGCUGCCAAACCUAGAUCUCCUUACAGGAGACGCCAAAUUCAACGAGGCCGCAGGCUACCCCAUGGUUCAAGAGUGGCGAGUGCGCAGCAAUCUGUACAAAGUCAAGCUCAGUUCCAUCACUCUGGCUUCAGGUUUCGCCAAGGUUCUAAAGACGCUGUCGAACGAGAGCACGCGUGAGGAGCUUCUGACGUUCCUCCACCAAUACGGCAGCCACUACGUGUCGGAGGCGCUGUACGGUUCCGAGCUCAGCUGCACCAUCUACUUCCCCAGCAAGAAAGCCCAGCAGCAGCUCUGGCUUCAGUACCAGAAAGAGGCUACGGAGCAAGGGAUUGGCGGCGGGCGUCACGAGCUGAAAUCGGUACCCUUCAUUAGCUACCUGACGGCGCUGCAGAAGAGCCAGCUGCUGUCCGACGACACAGUCAACGGCGUGGUGAUCCGCUGCGAGGAGAAGGGCAGCUGCCCACUCAGUUGUCACCUGUGCCACCACCAGGCCGGGGCGGCAGGGGCUGUGGUGGUGAGGGGCCGCGGCAAAGGUGGCGAGCAGCCCUCGCCCAUCCCCGUCCUGUUGGAAGUCAGUCGCGUGGUGCCCCUCUACAGCCUGGUUCAAGACAACGUCACCAAAGAGGCCUUCAAGAGCGCCACAAUGAGAUCAUACUGGUGUGCCGGAAAGGGCGACGUCAUUGAUAACUGGUGUCGCUGUGACCUGACUGCCUUCAGCAGAGAUGGCCUGCCUAACUGCAGUCCCCUUAGGCAGCCGGUCUUGCGCCUUGCCCCUUACCUGGAACCUUCAAGCACAAUGGUAGCCCUGGAGUGGUUGGACGUGGAACCUCUGAUUGGCUGCAAGGUUUCGGACUACAUCAUCCAGCAUAAACGGGUGGAAGACCCCUCAGAGGCCGAGGUCUACACAGGUGAAGUGUUGAGCUUGUUGGAUGAUCUCUUCUCGGGUUUGGGUUCGUCCUGCAUUGUGCCCGGUAAAAGGAGUGGUGAACAUCCCCACACGCUGCUUUAUUCUGUCGUCUUCAAGUGCCUGGAGCCUGACAGUCUCUACAAAUUCACUCUCUAUGCAGUGGACAGCCGGGGCAGUCACUCCGACUCCAGUUACGUCACUGUACGGACAUCCUGCCCGAUGGUUGACGAUAGCCGAGCUGAAGAGAUUGCAGACAAGGUGUACAACUUGUACAACGGCUACACCAGUGGCAAGGAACAGCAGCUGGCGUACAACACCUUGAUGGAAAUCCCACCUCCGCUACUCUACCGAGUCCAGCACCACUACAAUUCCCUCUAUGAGAAGUUUGGCGACUUUGUGUGGCGCAGCGAGGACGAGCUGGGCCCCAGAAAGGCCAACCUAAUCCUCCGAAGGGUGGACAAGAUCAGCCACUACUGCCGCUCCCUCCUGCGCAGCACGCACAUCCAGAGCCGUACUGACACCAUGGCGUACGUCUACUGCCGCAGUGACGGUGGCCGGACGCCUGGCGGCGGUGGCGGCGGCGGCGCGUGGAGCAGCUCGCUGCACGAAGGCCGCACCGCCUGCACGGAGAAGCUUAUUUCUGUACAGCGCAAUACGUACAGCAACACCAAACUCCGGUGAGACACAAGAACAGGGACGUGCUUGCGUGUUGUGAUGUCACUGGCUGAUGCCUCAGCUGACGUCGCCCUGCAGCAGGUGUCUCUGCAUGGGAAGAAAGCCACUGGACGAAAAACAACAAUUGUGUGUGGCUUACUUUUAGCGUAAGACACGAAAACAUCACGUUGGGCAUCAAAACAGAAGAAAAAGCGACGUGAACAUGUAGAUAGACGAUGGAUGAUGGAAGAUAAUCCUCAGCCAAUCAGCCAGUCGUUGGUUUAAAUACAUUGAAUGUAACAUUGUAGUUGCUUUGUUCAUGCUUUUAUGUGAAGCACUUAAAAGAGAUUUUAAAAAAAGUACAAACCUAAGGAUAAAUUUGCCGUUUAAAAAAAACUAUUUCAAACAAAGAAAUGUGAAAGCCAUUUGCAAUGCCGAUUGUUUUUAGGUUUUCUGAAUUUAAACAAAAAUGUGGUUUUUACCUUAUGUAUUUUUUGUUUCUUUUUUAAACAAACAAACGUUUUUUUGCUUUGCUACCAAAGUAGUCACGCUUUCUUUUAUUUGGAAAACGUUAUAGCCAUUCGCAUUGGCGCUCGUUUUCAGGUCCCAUUGUAUCCCUCAAAAAGAUGCCCAAUUGAACAUCUUUGCAAACCAAAAUAGCAGCACCAACCCUUAAAGCCUGAUGGACUCUGCAACAUGAUUGCUCAAUGUUUUCUUUAAAAUAGAAAACCAAUAUACCUCCUUAAUAAAGAAAUGGAACUGUCUGACCAUUGGUGAUAGACCUAAAACCAUUCUUUUGUUACAAGGCUUUUCGGUUAACGCUUUGUAUCUUUUCAUGGUUUAUGACGUGACAAAACUCGAAAAAAAAAUAAAUGUAAAUAAAACCCUUUUUUUUCAAUGCUCAUAAUCAAGUUAAUCGUUAAUACAUUCUGUGCGAAUGUAGAUGAUCUACUGUAUGUUCGUGUUUACCACGGAGCCUGUUCUCAAGAGAAUUCAGUUGGAUUUUGUAUGAAAAUAAUAUAUUGUAAUUUUGAAGUUUUUUUUUUUUUUUUCUAUGAAUGAGUCUUAUGAAAAUAAUUUGCCCAAUUUCCAAGAGCUCUAACUGCUUUGAAUGUAGUGUUUUCUCGCACUGUUGCCCAUGAUUUUUGUCUCUUGCAGCAGCAAAGUAGCCUGGUUAUGAACAUAAGUUUAUCAACUUUUCAUAAAACUUCCUAAAAAAUGUUCAUGAGAGCAAAUUACAAGAUUCAACCACCCUAAGCAGAACUAGAUAAACGUAUAUUGAUGAAAUUUGAGAACUGGUCACUCUCCACUUGUUUUUUGUUUAUUUCCUAGAUAAUGCCUUUAUUUCCAUUUACAGUAUUUUGAUCUCAUGUGAUAUAAGUUGUAAAAUUAAAUUAUA